UCUUCUCCCUUCAACCCAAGAAGAGAAGAUGGAAAAGAGGUGUGACCCUGAGCUCCGGCUCUCCGUUGGCGGUCAGGCCGCCGCCGGCGAUGGCAGCAACUGGACGUCCAACUCUAUGAGACUCCACAGGAUGGAAUCAUGGUUGAGAUUCUCACCAGCUCACCAGCAGCAAGAACAGAAGAAGCAAAUGACGAUCUUAUAUAAAGGCAGGAUUUUUGUAUGUGACGCCACAGAGAUGCAAGCGAGAGCAAUUAUAUCCAUGGCCGAGAAGAUGGAAGAAAUAAUAGGAAAGCAAAACCUGAUUAGCCAACAUGAUCGGCAGCAGGAAGCCAUGGCGGAGUCUACGGUUCCGACUCUGCCUCCCACUCCGUCUUCCGAAACCUUGCCGAAGAUGCUUAACCCGGGCCAGUCGAUGAAGCGGUCGCUGCAACGGUUUCUGCAGAAGAGGAAGGCUAGGGCUAGUGAAGUAACUCCUUACAAACAAACACCUAAAUUAUUGUUCCCACUUAAGCCUCAGCAUGCAUGAUAAGUAUUUGUGCUUCUCUUAGGUUGCAAGAAAGUAAUAUUGCCUUUUUUUUCUUUGUAAAUUUUUCCUGAUAUGUUUUAGGUGACACAGAUAUUGUUUGACAUAUCAGGUUUCUGGCAGAUUUUUAAUAUUCGAAUGUAUUCGUGUUGAUUAUAAAUACAACCUUUUGAACUUCUUUGAUUUCAA